UUUUUCUUCCCCCACCCACUGCGGUAUCUUAUUCCUUUGCCUUCAAUAAUCUUUCUAAUCCUUACCCUAUCUACUCCGAGAAUUCAAUUUUUUCCCAUAAAUUAAAACCAGUUAUACAAUACAAAUCUCACCAUUCAACAAAAUAAAAUUGUUUAUUUAUUUCCAUAAUAUGCUGAGCCUUGGGAAAUUUCCAUUGAAAUCCGUUUGCAACACUAUUCCCUCACAAAAUUUUCACUUUCCCAUCAAAACCCGCUUCACAUUUUCUCCCAAUUUCUAUUCCUUUGGUAAAAUGCCAACUGGGUUUUGCUUACAUGCGUUAAAAACCAAGAAAAGAGGUGAUUUUAUUGGGUUGAAAGUGGACGGUCCAGAUGAAUUUGCGAAUGAUUUUGAAGAUGAAUUUAUAGAUACAGGAACUGAUGGUGAUUUUGAAGAAGAUGAUGAGGGGGAUAUUCCUUUAAAGGAAAUGAAAAAAUGGCUUGAGAACAAGCCACGGGGAUUUGGUGAAGGCAAAGUGUAUGAUACUUCAAUUGAGGAUAAGCUGAUGGAAGAACUUGAGCAGAGUAGGAAAGCUCAGCUUGCCAAUAUCAACAGGCUCAAGAAUAAUCCUCAACAAUUCACUUCCAAGAAAGAACAAAACCAGCAUGAGAAAGUCUUUACACAUGUUCAGGAUGGAGUUCGUGUACGUGUGGUCAACCUCCCUAAGAAAAAGAACAUUCACAGGGAUCUACAAUUAGCUUUUAAAGGAGUUCCUGGAGUAUUAAAUAUAAUCCCGAGUGUUACUGGGAACAAAAAGACCAGGGAUCCUAUCUGCAAAGGCGUUGCUUUCAUAUAUUUUGAGUCCAAGAAUGAGGCACAAAGGUUUGUUCAGAAUUUCUCGGGACAAAGUAUAAGCUUCGGUAAGAUUCAGAAGCAGAUUAAAUGUAACGUGAUGAACUCCAACUUGGCCAAUCUUGCUAAUAAACAAUCCGAUGAUGAGACUGAUUGCGCUCCUGGGCAAGCAGCAAUCAGUCUGGAUGAAGCUUCGGAUUCUGAUAUAGAUGUGGCUGAUAAUUUGCUAGCUUCAUCGGAAGAAAGUUUCUCUAGUGAUUAUGAUGCGGACGAAAGGUACAUAUCUGCACAAUGGGAGGAGAACACAGAAAAUCUUGAUAAUUUGAGUACCUCAGAAUCUGGAACAAGUCCAUCCUCCUCAAAGAAGGGAAGAAAAUUCAAGGUGAAAGAUAAAAAGGUAGCAUCUAAAGGAAGCAAACACAAGAUUCCAAAGAUAAACACUCUAGGAUCUGCUAAUAGGUUAAAGAUCAGAGAGAAAUCAGUGCUUACAGAUGUGUUCUCCAAAUAUGGAACAAAAGCAAAUAUGGCUGUUAAAGAACAGAGCUGAUGAGGAAUUACUUAUUUUGAGGGUUCAUUAUUAUUUGUGCAAAUAUGUAGUUGGAAUCGUUGUCGGGAAAAUCAGUACAUGAUAAGAAUUUUUGAACUAUUUUUAGGUUUCAAGUCUUUUCAUGGGAACUUUGUAAUUCUUUUGCUCGUAUCAAAUUUACUUGUAACUUUGUUUACAACCAACAAAGUUAAAGUGACCUUAAUGCA